CUUUGGAUUCAAAUUUAAAAGAAAAUGGCGGUAAGUUUUAAAUAUAUUAUUUUACUUAAGUAGGUAUUUAUAAUGCGUAAAUACUUCAAUUAUUUAAUAGGCAUCAUUAAUUAAUUAAUUAAUUAUUGAAUCAACCAAAUUAAAUAUUUAUAAUCUAGUAAUAUUUAAUACAAUAUUCUCUAAAAUACCUACUAAUAUGGUUAAUUAAAAUUAAUCUUUAUUUAAUUUUAAAAUAUCUCUCAUGAUUAAUAUCAAGUUAUAUUAGUUCAUGAGUGCAUCAAAUGGUUAUAUUUUAUAAAAUUAGAAAUUUAAAUUGAUAUUUAUGCAAGUAUCUACCAAGAACAAUUGUCUGUGUUUUUCUUUAAAACUAUUUUAUAAAGUAAAUCUUUGUUAAAUAUAACAUAAAAUAUGUAAGUAUUAUACAAAAUAUAUCAGUAACUUCUUAUUUUAGUCUAAUAAUUUAAAAAGAUAGGUAUUCUUUUAUUCUAUCAUAUAAUUAAAUAGAGCUUUGAUGUUAAAUUGUAUCUUCAAUAUAAUAUGGAAACUUUAAUGAAUUGAUUGGUUUGUGAUUUAAUAAUGCAAAGUUAAUCUAAUGUACUAAACAUAUACUCAUCUCAUUAUCCAUGUAGCAUUUAUAACCUAUAUAACCGUAUAGGUUGUAUAAGAAAACAAAAUACCCAUAAUAGCAGGUCAGUAGUCGUACAUAAAGGAUGGAAAACACUACUCAUUGUACUAAUUGAAUAUUCAUGUACAUAUUUUGCAUUGAAAUUAAUUUGACUCAAAAAUAGACCUCACUACUAUAUACUUGAUAUUUGAAUAUUUUAAAUAUUACAAAAUAAUAUUUAGGUAAAUACUAGGAUAGGUAAUUAUUUUUUUUGUUAAGGAAUAAAAUUUGAAUUAUUAUUUGGGUUUGACUUAUUAAUAAUUCCCAUGCAUAUUAUUAUUAACAAAUAUCUUAAAAUAACACUACCCAAAUACAGAUAUUUUAUUUAAUCAUAUGAAUUAACUAAUAUAAAAUAAUUCACUAAAUAUAUUUGAGAUCAAAUGUAAAAUACUAGCUUGAAGUAUUUUGAUGAUACCAAUUAACAAUGUUAUACAAUUAUAACUUAAUUUACUAUUACCUACUUUAUUUGCAAAAUAAUCAAGUUAUAGAUUUACUUUCACAUUUAGAAGUAUACUUAAAUUAAGUUUUUUUUUCAAAUAUAAUAUUAAUAUAAAUUAACAUACACCAUAUUAUAAUCUUUAAUGUUACCGUAAAUUAGGACAUAGAUUUAUUUGAAAAGAUAAAUAAAAAAAUAAAUACUAAUAAUAAUAAUAAUGUGUAAAAAUGAUCAGUAUUAAUUAAUACUAUUGUAAUACUUUUUUUAAAAUUGUAUUAAAACAUAAUAACUUUAAUGAAAACCUACCUAUACAUAAUUAACGUGUAAUACCUACGUACAAAUUAAAUUAAAUAGAGCUGGUAAAUAUAAGCUAAUUGUUCAAAUUGGGUAUACUGUAUAAAUCAUUUAAUUUCUAAAACUAUUAUAAUCUAUUCUAUCUAAAACUAAUCUAAUUAAAAUUGAGGCCUAAUAAGUACACUAAUUCAAACUUGAUAAAUAAUCAUAUUUUAUAUUUGUAUUCUUACAUCAUUUCUUCGGAUUCCUGUGUACACCUUGUAUAAUUCUGGUGUAAAUAUAUAAUCGGUAAACAUUUUUGGGAUACUUUUUAUUUCAAUACAAAAUUAUAAUACUAAUGAUUUUUAAAGCAAUAAACCAAGUACAUGGUGAAAGUUAUUGUGAAAAUGAAAAACAAUCAAAACUGGUAUAAACAGCGAACACGUUAAGCAGGAUUUUAAAUAAAACCUUUUAAAAACAAAUUUAUAUCAUGAUAAUGAAAUAAAAUAAAAAAAAAAUGUAUGUCAGUAUCACAGAAAAAGUAGUCAGCACCUUGUAGUUUGUACGUCAAAUACUGAAAUACCGGUCAUAUUGCUUUUAUCUGCUUUUCAUUGGUCAAUACAUGCUAUGAAUUAUGAUAAAAUAUACCUCAUACUCUGGGUUGCAUGAAAACAGUUCAGUAAACUGUUGACAGGAUAAAGUUAUUGGUUCUGUAUAAUUCAAGUUAUUGAACGAAUUGCGUUGCAUGAAAAUAUUGUAAAAUUUUAUAUUAUUGAGGUUAAACCUGGAAAAUGGUAUAAAAUUUUACCUAGUUUCCGGUUGCUUAUACAUAUAACUCUUAUCAAAGAUUAUGAAUUGUGAAUAAUUGUGAUGUUAUUGUGAUUUGUACUAAAUUAUUUUCACUGAAUAAUUAUUAAUUAGUGUUUAAUAAUUUAUUACAAUUAUUUGUCUAUAUAAAUUAUACGGAAGUCGAAUUAAAUUUUUUUGUGUUCAGUUUGUUAAGUUCUUAAAGUUUACAGCUUAAAGUUUUGCUAUAGACGUUAACGAAGAUAAAAAAAGAGGCAAAAACUUCUCGGAGAGUGAAAAAUCUUUUAUAGUUGAUCUCGUAUUACCUUUUAAAAAUAUAAUUGAAAACAUCAAAGUUAAUUAUAGAAUUGAAGUUUUGAAUUUUGUAUUUAAAUUUUUAGGUGUUAUAUACACUGAUACUGAUGCAGACCAGUACAUAAUAACAACUGACGCAGAUUUGAUCUAUCUCUAAAUAGUCUUGGUCUAGGUAGACGAAUUAAAAUUUCCAUAAUCAUAUUUUGAUCAGUAUCAUCAGAUGAAGACGAAGACAAAGAUGACAAUGACAUUAUUGUUAAAAUAAAUUAUAUCCAAGUUAAAAGCAUGGAUUAAGAUGAAGACAUUAAUUAAAUAUCAUUAAAAAAAUAAUAAAUUUAAAAUGCAUAAUCACAUUUGUUUUUAUGUGAUAACCAAAAUAUUGUAUAUUUUGAUGAUAAGACAAAUAAACCAAGCUGUAAAUUUUACAGAACAAAAAUCUGACCAAUAACUUAUCGGUUUGAUAACAAUUUUUGAUAAAAAUGAUUAAUUUUACUUACUGAACGGUUUUUAAUUUUACAGAACCGAUAAUGCGUUAUCUGUUCUGUAUAGUUCCAUGCAACCCAGAGAUAGUCUUCAUACUAAUAGACGAGCAAGGCACGUCUAUGUGUUAUUCCACGGUCAAACAUAGAGGGCGCUUUUUAGUGAUCCAGUGACUAAUAUACGAUAAAAAAACCGUAUUUUAAUUACGCUAUUUUAUCCAAUAUAUCAUAAUAAAUAAUUAUACCUUACAAAUUAUAGAUUAAUUCCGUUUUUAGUAAUUAUCAACAAUAUCUUAAAUUAUUUUGAACAAUUAGAAUGGAUUAUAAUUUAUGUAAUCUUUUCUAAUAACCGGAACAGAUCUCAUACAAGCAUAAACAUAUUAGUUAAUAUGUCCAUGGUUAAUAUAGAUCUUAUCAAAAAUGUAAAUCCAUUAAAAAAAAUCGUAACAAGUUUGAAAACAUACAAAUUUUAUUACAGAUCUCAAAACUUUCAUUCAUUCUUGAUAAAAUGCAAUAUGAUUAUUUCCUACUUCCGAGAUAUAUAAAAAUGUUCACAAAUUCUUUCAUUGCCGGACAAUAUUUAAUGUUAACACAAGGUUUAUAGAUAAUACUAUCAGUAUCAGUACUAUCAGUAUUAUCUAUAAACCUUGGUACUAUACAUUCUCUAUGGUACUUAAUAAUCUUAUCUACUAUGGUAUGAUCCAUGGGUAUAAUUGAACAGCUUAUAUAAAAAUAUAUAUUUAGGCUCUAUAGGUUUAGUGAUGAUAAAAGUAAUUUUACUAUCUAUGGCUAUAGUAUAAUAAAUACAUAGGUAUACAAAAAUUUCUUUUGAAGGACAUAAAGUAUAAAAACUUGCCAAAUUUUAUAUUAGAAUUUUUCCGAAUACAGUGUUAAUUUAUUUGUUAUAUUCCUAUAUUCCUUUUAACAUAUUCCUAUGUUCUUACGGUUUUUAAGAACUGGGCAUUUUUGUCUAUAAAAAAAUUUUUUAUAUAGAAUUUGAUAAUAAACUUUGAAAGAAAUUAACUAUAGGAUUGGGAUGUUUGUGCACUAAAAACAAAUAAAUAUAAUAUGAUAUAUACUUUAUGCACUAAAAAUAAUUUUAUAGGCAUGGAAAAUUUAGCAAAAUAUGCAUUACAAUAAAAUAUAUCUACCUAUCUAUAGUACCUAUUUAAAAUAAAAAUGGGUAAUCCAGCUCAGACUCAGAUUCAGUUAAUAAAAUGUAAAUGCAUAAUUUUAAUUUUUGUAUUUUGUACCGGAAGCUGUUAAAUAUGUGUUUAAAUACAGAGAUAAAAUUUAAAUUAUGCACUCGGAUAUAAAUUAAAAUCGGAAUAACUAUGUGCAAAUAAAAUGUACCUCGCCAUAUGUUUAAAUACAUCAUGAAUCAAAUUUCUAUUAAAAAAUCAAUUCUAAUAACACAAUUAUUUUAAAAAAAAAAUAAUACGCAAAAUUAUAAAAAUCUCAACUAAUAACCUUUUCUUAUUCUUACCUAUCCAAUAAUAUAUAGACUGUACAAAUUAUAUGUUAAAGUAGUGGAGAAAAUUAAGAUUAAUAAGAGCUCCAUAAUAAGUUAUUAAUCUUAAUUUUGCCGGGUUAGGAAAAACGGACGUGUUAAUAUCAAUAAAGUUGUCAGCACGUUUUAUGAUAUAAAAAAUAAAAUAUAUGGAAUUUUGCCAGCCCAAAAUAUGGUUAUUGUAGGUCACGCUAUUCUAACUAUUUCCAGAUUUCCAUUUAAAAUCUGCUUGGUUGUUGGUAAACAUAAUAAUUAAUAAUAUUCAGAAUAUUAAUAUUUCAAUUAGAAAAAAAUAGUUAAAAGAUAAUAUUUCAAAAAUUUACGUACUUAUCUAUUUAGGAGGUCAGUUAUUGAUUUUUCUUAUAAUUUUCUUAAUAAUUGGAGAAAAAAUUGAAAAUACGGAAAAAUUAAGCAAUAUAUUAUAUAUUAUAAAGUUAUAACUAGGUAUUUUUUAUUGUUUUCGAUUUUUAGAUUCCGAGCGUAGCGACGGAACUAUUGAUUUUACUAAGAUGUUUAUUUUUUUUUAGUUUGUGAACACGUUUUUUCGUAGUAAACUCCGAUUUUUACGUGUAGCAACUUUUCUGAAAGCUCAAAUUGUCUAGAUGGUACUUUAAUAAGAUCAUUAGAUUUUUGACGCCAUUUUUUAAAUAAAACACUUAGAUGGGAAAAAACUUAGGAAAACGUACAAUUUCUAUCAGAAAAAAAUGAUCUAAUUGAAAAAUCACAAUAUAUAUUUUUUGUAUACUUUUUUACGGUAUCAUCGCCAAAACUUUUGAGUUUUUAAGAAAUUUUAAUUUUUGGGUAGUUUUUUACUGUAAUUCGGUUAUAAAUACUAGUAGAGACUUGAAACUUGGUAAUAAUACUUAUAUUGGACCUACCUAGACGUGGUAAAAUGUCCAAAAUCAUCGGAUAAUGUUUUUUUUUUUAAUAAGCGUUUUGAAAUCAAAUUUAAACGAAAAUCGCAAAAAAAAAAAAAAUUACGGCACUUCUAAUUAUGUAUUACCUCACUGCGCUCGGAAUCGUCUUUUGUCAAGCAAUGAUUUAUUGUUGGUUUUACUAAAAGGUUUAUUAUAAAUUGUAAGUUGGUACACGGUGGUCUAAAAAACAAGUUAAAAGUAUUGUAAUUAUUUUUAAUUUUUAAUAACUAUUCAAAGUUCAAAUUUUAAAGAAAAUUUGUUAUACAAAUUACGUACCUACCUCACGUACUCAAAUUUUCCUAUUUAUGUCGAUAAAAAACGUUUAUAGUGCUCUAAAAAUAUGCACAAAAAUUUGAGAUGAUAAAACCACGGACAAUUUAAUUUAUUUUAUGGCUAGUUGCACAUUAAUAUAAUUUUCAAUUUAAUUAGUUUAUCAAAAUAUAAUUAACCGAAUGCGCUUAAAAUUUUUUCUCGUUAGCUAUGAUUCAUCGUUGUGUACAGGUGUGUAAAUGAUUACAUUACACCCUGUAUGUCUACCUUUCUAACUUUCCACCUACAAAAUAGUGGCCAAUGGCUUACCCAUGAGCAGUAUACUGACAUUUUAAAAAUAUUAUUGUUAUAAUGUUCAUUAGUUAUUCGAAUUGUAAAUGUUUGUAUUAUUUAAUUUUAACUAUUAACCAUAAAGUGGAGGGGUCAAGGGAAAGAUAAGAGGUAUAAUUCUGUUCUCCGAUGUUAACAUUUGUGUAGACUGUAGAUCAGGAGUAGUUAAAUUCUUUUUGGUAGAGAUCUACUAAGAAUAUAAUUUUCCUUUGAGGAUCGACUUCCUAACAAAAAUGUAUAGUUAUAAAUUAAUAAUAGGUAUUAAUAAUAAACAUAGAUAUACAAAUAAUAAAACUUAAAUGUAUAGUUAAAUAAUGUUUUUAUCACACUACUAUUAUUAAGACUAAUAAUAUAGUAUUAUUGUAAACCCAAUUGCUAGAAUGAACUAUGUUGAAUUGUAUUACUUGGUAAAUUUACAGCAAAAUAAAAAUAAUAUAUUAAGAUUCUUAAUAUUUAAGAUAAAAGUGCUCAGUAAUUGUUAUUUACUAAUUACAUGAAAAUAAAUUCUAACUAAAUGGAGAUCUAAAUUUAAAUCAACUGUGAUCUACCGGUCGAUCGUUUGGUCACCCCUGUUGUAGAUAGUCUCCAACCGGAGAGCUAUUAUUACGUCCCUGUUUGUUAGAAACGCGUAAAAAUUAGAAAAGUUUUCAACGGAAUCGAAUUUACACUGCAACAAAUAUAAUUUCAUAUGGAUCAAGUCAUUGAUAUUGUCAGGGUAUGUGUACGGAAAAACUGUCUGUCGAUGCGGAAAUGUGAAAAUCCUGCGUACCGACGUUGAUAGGUUACAGUUUGUAUGAAUUCCGGCAUUAAAAUAUAUUUCCCCCUACAUAAAAACGUCUCAGAUAUUUUACGGGCCGUUUUUAUACACGCCGUUCACUUUGGCAAUAUUUCGUUCUUUAAUUAAAUAUACGCGGCGGAACGGCGGCAUUAUCCCUGCGCGGCUGAACGGCAGAUCGGAGGACGAGCGGACAGCUGCUGCUGCUCGGCGGGACGUGAACUGCGCACUAUCCAACGCGUCCGCGCGCGCGUGCGCGCCCGCGGGGGAGGGAGGAGGGUGGUUUACUCGAAAUAAAGAACACUUAUCACGUGGUGUGUGUGUUUCUUUAUUCGCGACGCGUGUCGCUGUAACCAAACGAUAAGAAUACGGAAUUUACGUUUAACCUCGAUACAAGAUAACUCGCUCAAUUUGCCAGCGAAGUUUUACGGCCUAUGCUCGUUAUUCGCAACCGACACGUCUAACAAAACCGCCCCUGAAUGUAAUAUUAUAAUAUGUCCGUGUCCGUAUUUACAGGCACAACUAAUUUAAUCAGACGGGUUCGCUCGACUUUGUUAGUUGACGAACAGCGAGAAAAUUCGUCCAAUAUAAUCCGGCCUUUUGGGAUGAAAAAUCCGCGAGAUCGUAAAACAUUGCAGACCGCUCCAGCACGAUAUUUCUCACAUAUCCGCAUGGGAAACGCCGACUACAAUGUAGUAAAUCCCUGCCAGUACCGGGAGGGGGGACCAUCAUAACGUGUAACCGAUUAUACUCAGGCGUGUCUCGUGUUGUACAAUAAUUCAUUAUUCGAGUUUUCUCACCGGGUUUCUCGAACGAUAAUAGUAAUCGAAGGAUCCUGGGAAACGGGUCGCGAUAUUUUGACGGUGCCGGUCGAAAACACGUACUCCCGAACGUAAUAAUUUCUCGGCGUUCGCCUAUUGCUCUGCUCUGCCCGCCUACCGGCGGCCCACAGAAGCACAGACGAACUCACGGUCCGCAGUCGACACACGCACGUCGUCGCGUACGUUCGUAUUUACUGCGUUGUCUUUUGGGUUCGUCUGCACGCGAUACACAAUUUUUAUAUCUUUUUUUUUUUUUUACUGUACCCACGACUAUAUUAUAAUCUCCGCCGUAUUUAACACGGAACAAAAUACAGGUAAUCCAUCUAGACCGUUUAUUUUUCAAUAAUCUACAUUAAUAUCAAUAUUUAUUAUUGCACAUCUAUUUCGCCAUUCGAGGGACACGACGGCGGUGCAGUAAUAAUUGCUAUUAUUUAUUUGUUCGUGUAAUUACCAUGUCGCUUGUAGAAGUAUUUUAGCUUUAUUCACGUAAUUGUUUUAUUCUGGUGCACCGUAUAAUUUCCGAUACGUCUUAUAACGGUACUUAUACAUUUUUUUUUUUGACUACCUACUGUCAAAUGCUGUUUGAAAAGGUUUCAGGGUCCUUGAAUAAAAUUAGUUUUGGCUGUUGUUAAGUAGGUAGGUAGGACACAUUAAAUAAAUAAGACGUCAUAACAUAAACAUGCAAUCGUUCAAUUUAAUAAUAAUAAAAAUAACUGUUAUUGCAAUUUACAAAUACAAACCUCAUAAAUUGUUUAGGUAUUAUCAAUGACUAAACUACACUUAGUAUACAUUUAUUUUUAAAAAUGACUUACAAAUUAAUCCAUUAUAUUAUAAACACUUAUGAAAAUUAUUACCUACCCACGAAUGCAGUUUUUUAGUAUUAUUAUAUUUUUAAAUUUAAGGUCAUAGUUAUUAAUUUAAUUGUUAUCAAAACUGAAUGUGUACUGUAUACUUAGUAUGAAAAUUCCUUAGUCCCUUAUUAUAUACCUAUAUAUAUAUAUUUGUUUUUAGUAUUAGUAUUGUAGUAUUGCUGGUUUGAGCUGGAUACUGAAGAAAACUCAGUGGAUUCCAAUAUAUUUUAUUUUUUGAACCAAUGUAAAUAUUAAGUACCCUUGGGCAACUUUAAAUUAUAAAUACUUAACUCUGGCCGGUUAUUCUUCACAAUUUAGCACUGCUUAUACACAUAGUAUAUUUUACUUGCAUUUCAUAAUAUAAAUACAAUAUUUCAUAUACAUCUUAUAGAAAUAUUUCGAAUAUAGUAAAUAAAAACAGCUAGUGUACCUGUGUACUGUGAUUGAAUGUUACACAAUGGUACUACAUAUUCGUCUUAUUUGUUUCACUAUCAUAUAAACUUGUAGAUACUAUUAUUUAAAAUUUUAAAGCAAUGACGAAUCAAUUUAAAAGUGUGUUAUGAGUAGAUAUAUUGUAAAUAAUGCCUAAGUACAGUUUAUUUAUCAUUUACCUAUUUGACUAUUUUUUAAAUUAUAGAUACUGGGAAAAUAUAUAAAUUAUUUUCAAAAUGCAUUUGUGUAUAUUUAAUCUACAUAAGGUAUUAUGAACCUUAACUUCCUCUUAAACUGUUUUCUUCCGAGGGAACAAACUAAUACCUUUUGCAUUAAUUAUAUCUAAAAUAUAUGUUAUGGUUAUCUGAUAAAUAUUUAGAAUUUAAAAAUAAUAGUAAAAUCUAAAAAGAUUAGAUAAACUAUUUAUUUAUUCUAAAAAUCUAUCUUUUCCUAUUAAUUCAAAGUUUGAAAACUUUAAGAACCAAAAAUAAAGUAGGUAGUACUAAAUGUGUAUGUUUUUUUGUUUAGAUUUUAAAUUCUUAAUCAAAUUUUCUAUUACUUUAUAGUAUAACAAAUGUUUUUAGUCUAUGCCUUUGUUUAAUAAUAAUAGAUAAAAUUCCAAAUGGAUAACCUUAUUACUUUUUUCUAAUUCAAUUUUUGUUUUUUCCAGCAGUUUCAUAAUGGACUUGGAAUUUGAUUCUCCUACGACAUUAAUUGAAGAUGUUACUUUACCUUCAUUGUUGACUAGUUUUAGUACUUCAACUACAAGUUCAAUAGAGUUUUCAUCAUCUGAAUCAGAAUCUGAAACUACUCGACUAUUGCCCAUUGUAAAACAAAAUUCAGACAAAUAUGUAUAUAAAAGCCCAAUCAAAUCAUUUUCCUUAAUAGAUUUAACGGCAAUAAAAUCGUUUAAACCUCUUAUACGUGAAGACUCAGCUAUAUAUUCUACAGAGACAUUAACAAGUGCCAUGACUACUAGAACAGACUCCGGUAUUCACCAUUCCAAUAGUUGUCUAAACUCUAUAGAUAAAAAUAAAAAAAAGUAUGCACAUGUUGAAAGUAAAGUCAAACAAUAUAUCAAGGAUAUUAAAGAUAAUGAAGCUAAAAGUAAAGCCAUAAGACAUAAUUCACAACCUUCAUUAAAAAAACAGCAAGUAAAUAAAUCAGUUAAUGAUAUUAUUAAAACUGAGGGUGAUGAAAUUAUAAAUUUAAAAAAUAAUUUGAAAAAAUUAGAAAUUCAAUUAUUGGAAAAAAAUAGACUUAUAGAACAACUUCAGUACAAUUAUAAAUUAAUGGAAAAUAAGUAUAAUUCUGCAACAAAUAUUAUUUUGAAAUUAGCAAAACCUAGUAGAGAUGUGUUGAAAUUUACUGAAAAUGAAUUAAUUGAAUCAUUAUCACCUGGCCAUAGUAUACCACCUCCUAAAGAAGUUUGGGGACAUGGGUAUAAAUUAAAAAAUUCCAAUACAUUAUCAGCAAUAAGGAAAGAUAACUCAAAAUUAGAGAAGGAAAAUGCUCUCAGGGUUAGAAAAGUGAAAUCUGGAGGUGACUUAAUAAAUUAUUCCAACAUUGAUGGUUACAAGACAUUGAGAGAUUCAAGAUCUGCUAUACAAAAGGUAAAUUAUUAUCAAUAUACAUAUACAUAUAUUUAUACAUAGAGAGAAAUAAUAUUAUUAAACAUUAAAAAAAAAAAAUAAGAAUGUAUAAAAUUGUAGAACAUAUAAUUAUAUAUAUAAACAUAAAAGUAUGAUACUACUUUAUGGUAAAUUUAUUUUUGAAAAUAUUUGAGAGUAUUCAGCUAAAAUUAUCAAAAUAUGUUAGUUGGGUAUACCUACAACUUGCAUACCUUUAUAGUGUAUGCAUUUAUUGAGUACAUACAUUUUUAUUCACAUUAUUAUUUACUUUUAUUAACUUACAUUAAUUUAAAUUUAUGGAGUGAUAUUACUUAAAACUGUAAUAAUAAAGUGAUAAAUGUAGAUAAGAUGUAAUAGGCCAGGCAAUAAUAAUUUAUGGAAAAAGAUUUCAAAAUAAGUUGAAUAAAAAUGAUGUAAUAACGGUUAAAGCGGUUGGUUGUAUCCAUGGGAAGUAUAGUGUUGCGGCAAUGAUGCAGCCAAAAUGGAAAUAAAAAGGAAAUAGUCUCUUAUGGUGUAGGAGGGAACUCAUAGAAACUUAAGAAAGCCAAGGGAGGAGUGAAUAGUAGAGAAUGGAAUUAUUCAAUUGAAGUUAGUAAAAAAAUUAGAUUUUGACUGGUGUUUCUUGAAAAUUGUUUUGAUUAAUAAUAGAUUAUCUUUAUUAGUUUAUUAUACUUACAUAUUUACAUAUAAGUAGAACUUGAAAUACAAUACUAUGAAACAAUUUAAAUAAUUAAAUUACCUUUUAUUAUACAUUUUUUUUUUUUUUUGUGAGAAAGAGAGGAAAAUAUAAUUAAUUAUUAUAGUAGAUAAAUAUGAUGUCACGUUUCAUAAAUAUUACCAUUUUUUGUUUUGUUCAUAGUUUAUUCUCAUUAUUAGGAAAAGUAACUAAAAACUAUAAAUACAAUACCUAGCUGUUAUUGUAUUUUUUUCAUCUGUGAGCUGUCAUCAGCAGUGUAUUUCCGUUUUGCUGUUUUUUAUAGAUAAAAUAGAGAGUGACGAUUUUGUUAUGUCAACAUUGUUGUAGCCAAAAAAUUAUUAUUUUUAAUAUGGUAAUGUUGUCUUAUAAUGUUUUUUUUUUUUAUUUUAAAAUUGAAAACGUAUCUGCUGUAAUGAUAAUUACUUUAGAAAAUUUACUAUCGAUUUUAAUAUAAAUAUGAAUAAUGUUUAUUUACAUAAUACAAAUUAUAUGUAUUUGGGUUUAUUGUCUAUAUCAUAGAUAUAUACUUGUAAAUAAUCUGUCCAAUUUUGGUGUUAUGUCUUAUUAUAGGUAAUUAUGUUAUCUAGUGGUUUUGAGUUGCCAAUUACGCAACUUAUUUUUAUUUAUACCAACGAACAAACGAAGUACUAAAUAUUGCAGCCGUCAGUCAGUUAUAGGUAUAGGUGCUCGAUAUCAUGAUAGAUGAUUUCUAAUGCCAUAUUAAGUAAUAGAAAAACGUCAAUUUCAAGGUCACGACCAAAAGCCUAAUGUCAUAUAUUUGUACUCCAGUAAUAUAUAAAUAUUUGUGUAAUAUCGAGUGCGUUUUAAAAUUUAAAAACAAAUAUGAAAUAAUCGCCGUUAUUUUAAGUUAUUAUACUUUAUAUUUUAUUUUAACAACUUAACAGGUCCCUUAACCAUCAUUACUGACUAUGCUUUAAUGUGUAUUAUUGUACCUUCUUACAUAUAUUUUUACUAUUUUCAGGAAUAUUCGAGAAAACUAAUUAAGCAAAGAUAGUAUUAUAUAUUGUAUAUUGAUAUUAUAUUAGUCGUUAUAACGUUAAAAUAAAACUAUAAUUUUCUUCUUUAAUUGGUUUUAAAAACAAUAAAUAUUAGUGAGGAUAUGUGUGAGACCACGGAUACAAACAAUGUACGAAUUGGGAGGGAAUAUCUAAACGAAUUUUUCAGAAAUUUAAGCGUACCUUUACUCUAUUUGUUUGAAGUGAAAAGCAUUGGGCGCAAUAACGGAUACAAAGAUACCAAUUUUGUUUCAUUUAAAAACUAGCCAUUGACAGAGAAAAUCAUUUUUUAAUAUCUAAAGUAAUUUUCAUAAUACGAGAUAAUUUGGAAAAACAAAAAAAAUACGAAAAAUAUGAUUUAUUCAAAUUAUUACAGUGCAACGAGAUCAUUAUUUAAAUUUUUAAGAUUAUAUUUAUCUACCCGAAAUCUUUGUUCAAAUUUGAAUAAUGGAAUAUUUUAUAAAAGAAAAUGCUUUCUAUUUAGCGAGUAAGGAAGUUAUUUAAUUACUAAAAAUUACAGAAAACUAGGUAAAAACGUAGGAAAUGCGGCAAAUUGUACAGCAUUUGGGUUUUUUUUUUAUUAUUCGGUUAAAAAUUAUUUUAGAGAUCUGUAGUUUUCACAAAAUAUUCAUAAUAUUAGCUUUUUGUAGACGUGAUUAAAUUUUAAAAACAUAGCUAUUUUUAGGCUAGUAGGUUUAAGUAUUUGAUAUAUUCAUGUUUUUAUAUGGUAGAUAUCUAUUAUUAAAAUUAUAUAACUUAAAAGAUAUGCUUAAAUAUUUAACACAGGUACAUUAUAAGUUGUACUAAGUGGUAUAAAUUCAAAUUUUAAAUGAAUGCAUUUUUUUUUUCAUAAGUGUUUUAAGAUCAAAUUUUGAAAAAAAAUCGUAUAUUUUACGGCCUUCUAAAAUAUAUCUUAUCGAGUUGCCCUCCGAAUCGCUUUUUAUUAGCAAUGAUUUAUCGUUGUAUACAGAUACCAUUUAAAUAACUGUAACUUAAAUAAACGUAUCCUCGUACCUUCCCAACUUCCCACCCUUUACAGUAACUGCACCAGGGAUUAAAGUGGCACAAAAUAGCAAAGAGUACUGUGACCCUUAUUUUAUUUUGAGUGUUCCUUGUAGUAUGUCCCCGAAUGUUCCGAAAAUUAAGGAAUUGUCAAGGAAAAGGUUAUUCAUUAAUUUGUCAAACCAAAAAAUGUUUUAUCGCUUUGCCAGAAAAAUUAAAUUCUUUUCUAUAAAAUAAACAAUAUGGUUAUAAUAGGAACAUUUAUUUUAUUUUAUUUAUAUCAUUGUCUAUAAUAACUUUACUGAUGUGUUCACAUAAAAAUUAUAUACAAAUAAGUCAUGUCAGAAAAAUAGAUAAUAGAAACUUUAAUAUUUUUCUGACAACUUCAUUAUAGAAUAAUAUUUUUUAACUCUUACUACAUAUAAAUUUAAAAAAAAAAGGGCUGAUACUGCUAAUUGGCGCGUUGUUGUAUGUGAGAAAUUGGAGAGAUAGGAUACAUAAAUUUAGGUAAUUUAUAUCUGUAAGCAAUGAUAAACCAUCGCUAACGAAAAACAAUUCUGAGCUAUUUUUAUUUAUACAUGAUUUAAUAAUAGGCCGUAAUAUAUAACAAUGUACGAUUUUCAUCGAAAUAUAAUCUUUAACAAAUUUAAAAAAAAAAAAAAAAACCUCUAGGUACUUAUUUUUUUUUUUACCACUAAGUAAAAAUUAUAAUGAACAUCCUAUUGAAAUGUCAACCAACUUUUCUGCCAAACAAUUAUAUUUACCUACUAGUAUAUACUAUCUACCAAAUAAAAAUUACGUUAAAAACUCGCAAAAUUAAAAUUCUAAUAAAUAGCUCAAAACGCGCCAAAAUGUUUUGAAUAUCUUACUACAUCUAGAAAAAGUAAAUAUAAGUUUUCUGUCAAAUUUUCAAGUCUUUACAAAUAUUUUUAACUAAAUAACAAACAAAUUAUAAUAAUAAUGAAACCAUUAUUUCCGUGAACUUUCUCGUUCUUUUUACGUUUUUUUUUUCAGUAUUUCCCAAUUAUUAUAAAAACUUAUUGGAAAAUCAAAAAAUGACUUUUUUAAUACAUCAACUAGAUCCGAAAUUUAACAAAAAAAGUUAUCUUGUAAUUUUUUGAUUGGAACAAGUUUCUUUUCGAAAAGUUGUUUUCAAACAGAAAAAAAACCUUCACAUCUAAAAUAAAAUUUAAAAACGAAAUAUGCAUAGGAACAUACAUAUAUCAUUUUCCUUUUGACUUUCAUUGCACAUAAUCAUUAUCUUAACACCUACGUUUUAUAAAUUCGCAAAAUAAGAACCAUACAAAAUUAUAAAAUAUAUUAUAUACCGAUAGUCUACACUAUACUGUAUAAUAUAAACUAUAGAAUGGGUAUAUAAUUAUUUUUUUCUCGUUUCAUAAAAACUAUAUUUUAUUGCAAUAAUGCAGUAUAAUAAACAUAAGUGAAUAAGUGAUAGUUCAAAAGUCCGCUUACUGACAACACUCCGACAUACCAUAGAAUAUAGAUAAAAUAAUUUAAAUAAUGGUAAUAAUAUUUUUUAUCAAUAAUUAAACUGAAAAAUAUUAUAGGUAUUUAACAAAAUAAUUGUUGAUAAAUCUAAAAUCAAUAAUUUCAAAGAUAUUACUGAAAUAGUUAUUUUGAACGGUUAGUGUAAACGCAGCGUACCCAGUGAACCUUUGAAAAAUGUUUUAAAGAGGACUUUUUUUAAACGCAGUGAGAAGUAGGUAGGGAGACUGAGUCUCUGCGUCCCCAACACUUCUUUUUUUUAAAUUAUUAUUCUUGCAUUAUAUUGAAUGAUGUUUUCGGAUUUUCUUUUAAUCUUUUAUCAUAUUGCAAAUUCUUAAAUAAGUGGGAACUAUACAUUUACACAUUAUUAAUUAUAUCUAUAAUUAACCAAAAGUUUAAAUAAUUAGGUAACUUUAUAUUGUAGUUCAAUAUACCUAGUUAAUUAUUUUAUAAUUUUUCUUACCUGUAGAUUUUUUUUAAUCGUGUAGAAGUACUAUUGUAACUUAAUACAUUUGGCUUUGUGUUAAUUUGGCAGUGUUCCAUAGUUCUUCCUGUCUACUGACUUUUACGAAGAAUGUGUUUAUUUUUAUACAUUAGGGACAGCUUUCGAAAUGCCACGAACUUGUAUAUAAAACAUUUUCUGACAAAUAUACAGUAAAAAACAAGAGUGUACAUUUUGCAUCUGUUAAAACUAAUGAUGUGAACCUGUAAACUAUUUGAAUAUGAUACCGAACCAAACCAAAAAUGACAGUUCCGAGUUUCGAAUUCAAUUUAUUUAUUGUAAAAUUUUAAUAACUUUUUAUACAUGAAUUAUGUCGAAUCGGUGGCGUACUCAGAGGGAGGAUUAGGGGGUUUCAGCAUCUACCUUUGUAUUGGCCGCGUGUUACAAAGAAAAAAAAAAUUGAACUAUACAGUUUAGAAAUAUUAUUGCUAAUAAAAUAAUAUUAAUUAAAUCAUUACAAAUUUGCACUAUUUAUUCAACUAAGUACAUAUAAUUGUACUACAUGACUAGGUAUGUAUUUUAUAAAACAUAUUGUUAAGUCUAUUAUUUUUAGUUUAGUCCCCUCCCGUGGAAAAAUGCUGGGUACUUCACAAAAUCGAAUUAUUGUGUUUUGAUGUAAAUGUGAGAUAAUAAAAUAGAUUAUUUUGUUAUUUUAUUGGCAAUUAAUUAAUUCAAUUGAUCAUUAGUCCAAUCAAUUAUUAUCUACUAAAACCAAAAUUAUAUAUAUAUGUGUGUGUAUAAGGGAUAUAAAACAAGGCGUAGUUGGAAGUUCAAUUAGUAAUCUUUAUUUUAUGUAUACAUGAAAAUUAAAAUAUCUAUAUAAUUAGUUCUAAAUAGGAUUAAAUGUUUUUGAAAAUGUGACCACGUUUAGAAAAGGCAAAUAUAAGUUUUAUGUCAAAAUAUUAAGUCUUUACUUAUAUUUUUAACUGAACUAAAAAAAAAUAAAAAAAAAAAAAAUGAAGAAACCAUUAUUUCCGUCAUAAACUUCCUUCUUUUUCUACGUUUUUCAGAUUUUGCAAAAUUAAGGAAACUGCAUAAAAAAUCAAAAAACGACUUUACCAUUCAUCAAUUAGAUUAAAAAUGCAUCAAAAAAGUAUCUUCUUUAAUUAGAGCAAUAUUUCUUGUAGAAAAAUAUAGCGUAAAAAUAUAAAAUAAUGAAAUAGUUUUAAAUUUUAUUCCGGUAUAUCCUAAUUAUUAUGAAAACAUACAUCUUAGUAAAACCAAUAGAUCCCUUUCUACGCUCCGAAUCUAAAACAUAUUCUAUAUUAAAAGCAACGCUUAGAAUUUAAAAAUGUUAAAAACUGAGCAUUUGGUAUUAAAUCAAAACUUGUCAACCUCCUAAAACUCUUGUUUAAGUUUUAUAAAGUGUAUACUCCUAUAAAUAGAUUAUAGUUAUUUAUAAAUUAAAGGCCUUUAAUUUUAAUUUUUACUUACUAACCAAUUAAUUUGGGUUUUUUUUAAAAUUCAGUUUAUUCCACUAUUAUUUAUAAUCAAUAUAACAUAUAUACAUUUAUAUAUUUACAUGCUCUGAGGUAAUAAAUACAGUUAAAAAAAAAAUCGUUUUACUUCCUUGUUUUUAUACGGUACUUAUUUAACAAUAGACCCAGUGCCCAGAUAUUUUACCCUAAGUUAUUAAUACUUCUGGCAUAGGUAUCUUUAUAAACAUAAUAGAAAUAAUAUGUGUCUAUCAUUGUACGUGUUUUUAAAACCAUCUGGUUGCCGGCGGAACAGGAAACGGAUGAAGUCUCUACAUCCCCUUUAGUUCGCAUGAGUAAAAUCUCAUUCGAAAACCGAACUAUUUUUAUUCGAAGCUACCAUACUUUUGCACAAUAGUCCCGAUUAUCUCUAUAUACAGUAACAUCUUAAUUUAUUUUUCGAACAAAUAUUAAAAACGUUGAAGGAAAAUGUUCCAUUUCAUUUGUAUUGAUGACCCUCAUAUUAAUUAGCGGGAAAAAAAACCUAAACAGUGAUAUUUUAUAAAAUCUUAAUAUAUGGUAUUGUAAAGUGAAUUUGUUGAACAUCAGUUACUAUUAUAGUAUAUUAUCAGAAGGUACCUACAAUGAAAAUUACAUUGCUAAUCUAAUUAUUCAAAUUUGAUUUCCAUGUUUCACAUUAAAAUAAUACACAUUUUCUCUUCUUUUUUUUUUUUUUUUUUUUUUUUUUUUUUUUUUUUUAUUAUUAUUUGAUCCCAAAUAAAAUAAUGUUCAAAUUUUUGGAAAUAAAUAAAACUUGGUAAAUAUGUGUUUUAGGUAAAAAUGUGGCAAGAAUCAUUGGCAAGUACUGAUGUUUCUGAAAUGGACACAGAUCAAGAAGUAGAAAUUCAAUCACCACAUUCAUAUUCUAUAUCAUCUAAUGAUUUUUCAUUAAAUUCAUUAGAAAUAAGGCCAAUUAUACGUAAUAAAUACCCAAAUAAACAUGAAUGUCGCAGUGAUUCAUCCGGUUGUGGAAUGUCUUCUACCAGAGUAUCUAAAGAAAACACACUUGUGAGUGGCAUUAAUAUGACAGUUGAUAAACAAUACUCUACUUUGCAUUGUGGCUAUGAAAUGAUGAAACUACCUUCCUCUACACCCAUACAAAAUAUUAGCCAUAAAUUCUGUUCAACCAAAGCUGAAGACACAGUAGUAUCAAAUAAACAGAAUGAUGGAUCACAAAAACGUCAUUCUUCAAAAAAAUGCAAAAGAACGGUAAUUUAUGGUUCUUAUAGUUAAAUUAUUGACUUUAAAUCAUUCACGCAUAUAUUUAUCAUUUGUUAUUACUCAUAUGUUAUAUCUAAUAAAAAACAACUUUAAAUUCUAAUGUAGUUCAUACCAAUCACAUUUUGAUUAUAGAAGUGUAAGAUAGAAGAAAAUCAAUGUCCCAUUGAAGCAGAUGAACUAAUGUGUCAAUUUAAACAAUGUAUUGGUGUCAUAAAUGGAGUUGUCACAAAAAUGGAACAAAGUUUUAUGUCACAAAGAUGAGUACAUUAUUAUUUGUUAUUUAUAUAAAUAGACCUAAUAUAAAUUUUACAUGCUCAUUGAUCGAGUUUCAAAUAUAAAAUCAAUGUAUAUUUUUAUAUUCUAUGAUUAUUGUUGCCAUUAACUUGUUAAAACUAAUUUAAUUUUGUAUUUUACUGUACCAAAUAUAAUAAUUAUAAUGCCAAAGACUAAUAUUUUCUUUAAAUAUUAGUGUGAUGAAUUAUGAUAUAAUAUUGCCCUUAUAAUAUAUUGUAUUCCAUAAAUUGCUUUAUAAAUUUGUAAUAUUUAUUUGUUAAAUUUAUUUUAAAACCAAAUAAAGAGUUUAAAAACUAAAACAAAAAAAACUAAUAUAAAUCUUAUAAUAAGACUAGAACUUAUAUUUAGUAACAUGCUAUUGUUCUUGAAAAUAUAUGCUGUAAUAUGGUUUGUAAAUAACUGUAAUUUUAAAAGUAAAAAUACUUAUAUACUGUAUUUUUUUACAAGUAAAUUUUUAACAAUGAAUUAAUUAAAAUAUGAGUUUACCAAUCUAUAUAAAAAUUAAAAUAAGGAUACUUAUAUAGAAACUCUUCAUUAACAUAUAUAACUUUAUAAUUAAAUUCAUUUAUUUAUGAAUUUUAUUAUUUUUAAAUUUUAGCUUUCUCUGUUUGUUUUUUUUUUUUUAACUACAAUAAGUUUUCUUUGAUUUCUAACAUAUUAAUUAUUAUUAUUAUUAUUUAUUUUUUUUUUUUUGUUAAUUUAUGUUUAAUUUACUCAUAGAUAUUUUAGACUAAAUUAAAUUAUUGUAAUUUUAAGUGCCAUAUUAGUAUCUGUCUAAAGGUGUGUUAAUUGUUAACGACAAGACUGAUUCAAUAUAAAUAAAUACUAAUAAUUGUUGUUUAUUAUUAA